UACUGUAUUCACAGACAAGCGAUAUAGUGUUGCUACGGUAUGGAAGAGACUAUAUUGAGCAAUACGGAUGCAACAAUUUGACUUCCUUUGACGUCUUAGCUUCACCGUUUUCUUCAGUGAGGCUGAUGGCCUGCAGAUAUUCCAAAUUUGGGCUGCAUCAGCAGCACACAAAAACCGUACCAGGUUGGCGUGUGAUAAGCAUCCUCAAUGACCAUAGAGCGAAACACAAAGUAUGCCAUGUGGGUUAUGGUAAGGGGGCCAAGUUUGACACCUCGUUGAAGAACGCUUGUGAAGAAAGUCGAAAGUGUCACUUCGCUCAGAGCGGGCGGCUACGGAUAUGGACAUGUGUUGAGCGGUGGUACAGAUAAACAUAAAGUUCAUUUGAAAUACUGUCUUACCACCUCUUUCUUUACUGGAUAAAUAUAUCAUAGAACUCAUGUCAGCUACACCUCUCGCUGGAAAAGUUGCUAUCAUCACUGGAUCGUCUAGAUCUAUUGGGGCUGCUAUUGCUGAACGCCUAGCUGCCGACGGCGCUAAUGUCAUCAUCAACUACGUGAAUGGAGCGGCAGCUGCUGAAGAGGUCGCCAAGAGAAUCAACAGCAAAGGUGUCGGGCGUGCUGAAAUCGUUCAAGCCGAUGUAUCCUCGGUCGAGUCAACCAAGGCGUUGGUCGAAAAGACGUUGCAGAUAUUCAAUCGACUGGAUAUUCUGGUGUUAAAUGCUGGUGUUAUGGAUCGCAAGGCGUUGACUCACGUUACUGAAGAACACUUUGAUAAGCACUUUGAUAUCAAUGUCAAGGGCCCUCUCUUCCUUACUCAGGCUGCUGCACCUCAUAUUCAAACAGGCGGUCGUGUUAUCUUCUUUUCUACCUCGCUGACCAUCUCCACGACCAUCAGUCCAGACUACCUUGUGUACGUUGCUACAAAAGGCGCUAUUGAACAGCUUACCAGAGUCCUAUCAAAAGACCUUGGUCAACGCCAAAUUACUGUGAAUACCGUUUCUCCUGGCCCUACCGCCACUCCUCUAUUUAUGGAAGGAAUGAACGAGCAACGCGCUCAGUUUGUAGCUAACCUUAGUCCUAUGAAGCGCUUGGGCCAACCUGAGGACAUUAGCUCUACGGUUGCAUUUUUAGCUCGAGAUGACUCACAAUGGGUUAGCGGUCAAAAUAUUAGAGUGAAUGGAGCGUUUGCUGUGUGAUGAAAAAUGAAAUAAAAAAAUUCGGCUUCAAGGCAAUCUUUUCAGCUGUAAAAAGUGUCCGAAAGAUUAAGCAG